AUGAAUAUCAUCGAAACUCUAUUCGGUCGCACCGUUACGCCUGCUGAGCGUUUGCGUCAGCACCAGCGAUCUCUCACAAAGGCACAACGGGAACUUGACCGCGAGCGUGCCAAACUCGAGCAGAGCGAGAAGAAGCUCAUCAUGGACAUUAAAAAGAGUGCUAAAGCUGGCCAACUCAACGCCUGCAAGGUCAUGGCAAAAGAUCUAGUCAGAACACGGAGAUAUGUCCAAAAGUUCUAUCAAAUGCGCACUCAGCUGCAGGCAGUCGGGCUGCGCAUACAGACGCUGAGGAGCAAUCAACAGAUGGCAGACGCUAUGCGUGGCGCAACACGCGCCAUGGCUUCGAUGAACCGAGGCCUCAAUCUCCCUGCCAUUCAACGGAUUAUGAAUGAGUUUGAAAAGGAAAGUUCAAUGAUGGACAUGAAAGAAGAAAUGAUGUCAGAUGCUGUUGACGACGUUAUGGACGAGGAGGAUGAGGAGGAGGAGGAAGGCGACAAAAUCUUGAAAGAGGUUUUAGACGAAAUCGGCGUCAACUUAUCACAGCAACUCACAGACGCUCCGACCGGAAUCGCCACAACAUCCUCCCCACUAGCAAACCGCCAGCCCAUUGCGCUUGGUGACUCAAACCCAUCAGCUCAUCCUCAUAGUGCAGACACAACAAGCAGCGGAGAUACCCUGGGCGCAGGCGGCAUGUCGGACGAAGAUGCUCUUCAGGCAAGACUCGAUGCAUUGCGACGAAGUUGA